CUCAAAUAUAUGUUGCACACGAGCUAUGCAUGGCGUCCUUCAAGCACGGGCGUUUGUAAAACAGUGGCUGUCCAUUCGCUUUUACUAAUCAGAUUUAUCUGUUUAUUAUUUUGUAUGUAUAUGUGGAAAGACUCGUAGCAAUGGCGACUAGGACCUUAUGUCGCGUCUUGCAGUCCCGCUUUGCAUCCACUGCAGCAUCUCUGCGUCCAUCACCAGCUGAGGUACGACACCAGCGCAAUGCUGUUUUCUCCAGAGAGCAGGCCAGGCAGAGAGCCUUGUACCCCCGUAUUGAAAAGAUAGAGGUGUCCAUGCAGGGCCCAGGACUGGAUGGCACGCUGCUCAUUAUGAACAGAGGAAUGUCCACUCCACUGAGCUGCGCCAGACAUCUGACGGAAUAUCAUGUGAACAAUUCGGCCCUGGCGCUGGUGGACGGGGAACUGUGGCCUCUUCAUCAGCCCCUCACCCGCUCCUGCUCACUCACUCUGCUCACAUUCAAAGACAACGACCCAACACCCGUCAACUUGGCCUACUGGCGUUCCUGCGCAGCCCUGCUAGGACAGGUCCUGGAGACGGCGUUUAAGGAUGAGUACACCGUGGAGCUGCUCAGCACUCCAGAUGUGCCAGUCACUUCAGGGGCCUUCUGCUGCGAUGUGGUCCUCGACCCUCAGCUCGACUCAUGGACUCCCUCUGAGGAGUCGUUGCGCUCUCUGACCAGAGGGGCCCUGCAGCUGAUCCAUCAGGACCUCCCAUGGGAGCCUUUGGAAGUAAUGCCAUCUGUGGCGCUGGAGGUCUUCUCACACAGCAGGUGUAAACAGGAGGAAGUUGAACAAAAAGCAUCACAAAGUCCUAAAGGCACUGUGACCCUCUACAGAUGUGGUGAGCAUGUGCUGCUGAGUGGGGGCCCUCUGGUGGCCAGAACAGGCCUGUUCUCCCAGUUUGAUGUAACAGCUCUACACAGCUUAGGUCAAGGAUCCUGGGGACACCACAGAAGAGCACAGGGCCUCUCUUUGCCUCUGCAGCUACAGGCUCACCACACAGUCUGGAGGAAGCUGAGACAACGGGCACAAAAACCAAUAAACAUCCCGGCACCUGAAGAAGCGACUCCAUCCCCUCCUGAGUCGGCUCAGCCUCCAGCCGCCACUGUUUGACCUUUCACUCAUGUUUGCACACUUUACGUGUAUCUGACUGUAACUUUUAUUCAAUAAACGUUAAAAAAUC